UAUAUAACUAGACGUUAAUUAUGAACAAUGACACACUCAACUUACAACUUACUUACAAAACUGUGUUUUAUUUUUAGAAAGAGAGCAAUGGAGGUCGAGAGAGAUUCAAUGAAACUAACCCUGACUAAUGAGCAUAUCAAAGCAGCUUGCAUUCUUUCCAUGAAUGCUCAUAACCACAGUCAAGAUUAUGUUACCAACACCAAGAAACAUGGUGGAGCUUCAUCAUCGUCAACAACAAAAGAUGUUUUAAUCAUUGCAUUUAAAGGAUCAAUGGAGGUCAAUGGUUUCUACCAAGAUGAUCAUUUUGGAGAAACUAAUGUUGAUUGUAAUAUGUUUCCGUCUCUCCAACGGAUAGCAGAGGGUCAACUUGCCAAAGUCAACGGGUCAUUUCUUCAAAAAUUUAAGGAUCUUUUGAACAACUCCGGGUUCAAAACAAAGUUGGAGAAAGCUGUAAAAAAGAAUAAGAAGAUCUUGUUCACCGGACAUUCAUCCGGCGGUGCAAUAGCUAGUCUAGCCACAUUGUGGAUGCUAGAUGAAUACACAAGAAAACAAAACAUCCGGUUUCCUAUUGGUUGUGUAACUUUUGGGUCUCCGCUAAUAGGUGAUGGAACCCUAACCCAUGCAGUCAGGCGAGAGAAAUGGGCGGGUCAUUUCACCCAUUUUGUCAUAGAGCAUGACAUUGUUCCUCGUAUGAUGUUAGCUCCAAAAACAUCCGUUAAAGAACACCUACCCAAUGUCCUCAAACAAUUCCAAGAAAAAGUCAACCCCGUCACCACUCAAAAACCUAACAAAAUUCCUAAAAUUUUCAACAAAAGCACUCCUGUAAAAACCAUUGAUCAUGAUCAGUUGGUUAACGGUAAGCAAGCUGAAGCAUUUUUUGAACAUGUGUUGAUUAAUGCCUCAACUGUUGCAAGCCAUGAUGCGUUUGAUCUUAUGGAACCGACAAAUUCUCUAAAAGACAAAUUAUCAGCUGAUUUUGUAAAAGUAAGCCCUUACAGACCUUUCGGUUUUUACGUUUUCUGUACUCAAGGCGAAGAUCUGGCCCCAUCGACGCCCAGACAGCAGCUGGUUGUAGAGAAUCCAAAUGCUGUUCUCCAGUUAUUGUUUUACUUCAUGCAGUUACCCAAUGAAGAUCAAGACUUGGCUCAAUUUGCUCUUCAAAGUUUAACUGAAAAUUUUGGUUAUGAAAAAGAACUGAACAAGAACGGGUUGCAGCUGGAAAAAACAGUUGAUAUCAAACAACUUAAUAAACACCUAUUGACUUCUAAUGGUGAUACUGAUGAUUUGGUUCCUACACGUAACAAAGCCUUGCUUGAUCUGACUGCAAGUGCAAAAUGGUGUCUGUUAGCAGUGGAAGAGGCCGAAAAAAGGAAGGAGAAAAACAUGAAUGAGAUUAAAAAAUCCAUGAGAGAAUACAUUUCAAACGAAAGGGAACCUACAACAAAGAUUAUUGAAGAUAUGUUAGACGAGAUUGUCGUGUACGGAAAAAAACAUAGGGGUGGAAACAUUGAUCACUAUGAAGCUUUUAAGCUCCAAAAAGAUCAUGACGACUUUAAAGCUAAUGUGAACCGUUUAGAACAGGCUAAAAUAUGGGAUGUAAUUGUUGAAAUGGUGAGGCGUAAGGAUUUACCUGAUGACUUUGAAGUGUGGGGUGAGUUGGUAGAUUUAGGGACUCGAUUUAGAAGAGUUUAUGAGCCCCUGGAUAUUGCAAACUAUUAUCGACACUCCAAAGGUGAGGAUACGGGAUCCAGGUAUAUGGAAGGAAGACCAAAGAGGUAUAAGUUUACACAGAGAUGGUAUGAACAUGCAAAUGUGACGGCGUUUGAGUUGGUUUCGGAGAGUAAUUUUGUUGCAGAGGUUGAGGAACUUAUGAAACCGAAGAAGAAGUCAGAAGAGGUUAAUGAGGGUUUCAAGAACAUAAUAACUAAAGUUGAGAAGUGGAAAUCUGAUGAGAAAAUAGCAUAUGAAGAUGUAUUUUGGGGAGAAUCUGUUUUGUCCAAGUUGCAGGAAAAACUAGCAUAAGCCAACAAGAUUUGAUGCAUCGUCAUCAAAGCUAAUCGGUUUUGUGGGCAUUCUUGUUUCAAACUGUGUGUUUUAUUUGUAAUAGGUUUAAAUGAUUGUGUAUGAUUUGGUUAAACAUUGAAUUUUCUCUAGUUAGCCC